CCUAUCGCAACGCAGGAUGAACUAGUGGGAACAGAAACACUAUGGCUGCCAGUCUCUCCCUGACUCAGCUUUCAAGUGGCAAUCCUGUCUAUGAGAAAUACUAUCGGCAGGUAGAUCCGUCCAGCAGUGGGCUUGUAGGAGCUGGUGAUGCAGCCUUGUUUUUAAAGAGAUCUGGCCUUGCAGACCUGGUCCUUGGCAAGAUAUGGGACUUGGCAGAUUCCGAACGCAAAGGCUCACUAAACAAGCAGCAAUUUUUUGUAGCCCUCCGUUUGGUGGCGUGUGCUCAGAAUGGACUUGAAGUUGCUUAUAAGAGCCUGAACACUGCCGUCCCUCCCCCAAAGUUUCACGACACUAGCAGUCCUCUUCAGUUUGGCCCUGUGCCUGCCGACACCCCAUGGGUAGUCAAGGCAGAGGAGAAGGUGAAAUUCGAUGCCAUCUUCGAAAGCCUCUCUCCAGUGGGUGGCAUGCUCACGGGUGAUAAGGUCAAACCAGUGCUUCUCAAUUCUAAACUCCCUGUGGAUGUUCUUGGCAGGGUUUGGGAGCUCAGUGACAUUGACAGAGAUGGCAUGCUGGACAAAGAUGAGUUUGCUGUGGCCAUGUAUUUAGUAUACAGAGCCCUGGAGUCUGAGGCGGUUCCCAUGUGCCUCCCAGCCGCUCUGAUUCCACCAUCAAAACGAAAACCAGCAUCCAGUCCUCCUGUGAUGCCCCUUCUACCAUCACCAGCACAGCACAAAGAGAGAAACUCGGCCCACUCUGGGUCUAAAACACUGCCAGCAAAAUCACCAUCACAGUGGGUGGUAUCUCCAGCAGAUAAAGCCAAAUACGAUGACUUAUUUGCCAAGACAGACACUGACAUGGAUGGUUUGGUAUCUGGUGCUGAAGUCCGAUAUAUAUUUCUAAAGACUGGUUUGCCAUCAGCAACUUUGGCCCGUAUUUGGGAGCUUUGUGAUAUAGGAGAUGUUGGGAAGCUCACCCGAGAUCAGUUUGCACUGGCUCUAUAUCUUAUCAAUCAGAAGCUGUCAAAGGGAAUCGAGCCACCUCAGACACUCUCUCCAGAAAUGAUUCCUCCUCCUGAUAGACUGGCACGACAGAACAAUGCUAUCACAGUGCAGGCUGCAGAUUUCUCCGCAAUAAAAGAGUUGGACUCUCUUACUAAUGAAAUCAUGGACCUACAGAGGGAGAAGAGUGUGGUGGAGCAGGACAUCAAAGACAGGGAGGAAACUAUUCGACAAAGGACCAGCGAAGUCCAGGACCUGCAGGAAGAGGUUCAGAAGGGCUCAGAUGAGCUGGGCCACCUUCAGGCCGAGCGGCAGGAGGUGCAGGAGAAGCUGGAGAGGCUGGAUGAGCAGAAACGCUCGCUAGAGGAACAGCUCACACUCAUUCAGCAGCAAUGCAGCCAGGAGAGCCAACUGAUCCAGUCGUUGCAGGUGCAGCACACAGAGCAGGAGCAGAGAAUCAGUGACUAUGAGGAGGAGUUGACCAGAGCCAGAGAAGAGCUGCUCCAUCUGCAGGAGGAAACGCGUCAGCUGGGAGAGAAGGUUCAGUCUGCUCGAGCUCAACUAUGCCCUCUAGAGGACGCCGUCAAAGAAUCCCACACGCAGAUUGUUCAGGAACAGGAGCGUUUGUCUGAGCUUAAAAUGGAGGAGAGAGAAGUGACUGCACGGCUUACUUGGAAAAUCCUGGAGGAGCCUGUACUGGUUAACGGAGCGGCACCCUCCGUUGAGCACCCAGAGCCAUUGCAGUGGCCUCAACCUACAGCACAGCCACCAGAGACACCCAAAGAAGACAAAGUCCACGAUGAAGAGGAGCAUUUGUCCACAGAUGAGCCACAGGAGCUCAGGGUCACGGAGGAGCAGCCCGGGUCCGAGGCCGAGGAGCCAUCCAGCAGCCCAGAGGAACAGGAGACCAAACCUGAACUCUACAGCUGUGAUCUUUACAACAGCACCUUCUCCACCAUCAGCUCCUCCUCUGUCAACUGGCCUCAGGGGAACACGGAAAACACAACACAAGAGGCAGAGGUAGAUGAAGAGAGGCAAAAUACAGAAGAGCGUCCUGCCACCAGCACACCAAAGGCAGAGACUGUGGAGCCAGAGAAGAAAGAAACUGCUCAGCUAGACACAGUGCCACCCAACAACCCGCCCAGCGGCCCUGGCCUUGACUUCUUCCAGUCUGACCCUUUCACUGACAGUGAUCCAUUCACUGAAGAUCCUUUCGCAAAAGUUGAUAUUUCAGAUCCUUUCGGCGGGGACCCUUUUAAAGGCACAGACCCAUUUGCAGCAGACAACUUUUUCAAGCAGUCUUCUGGCAGUUUCCCUUCACGAGAUCCUUUCAGCUCCUCUGACCCAUUCAACACCACAGGCCCAAAAGAGCCCGAUGCAUUCACAUCCAAGACCACCAAUGCAGUCACUCCAGACCCAUUCGCUUCUAGUAGUGGAAACCUCCAGGACACUGAUCCAUUUGGAUCCAAAAUGGACGCCCUGGCAGACUCUGAUCCCUUCAGCUCGUCUGGCACAGGACACGACCCGUUUGGAGGAUCAGAUAUGGUUGCGAGAGAUGGACCAGCAUCCGCCAACGAUCCUUUUGCUCCUGGAGGAACUACAGUUGUCGCCAACUCAGACCCAGAUAAAACAGACCCUUUUUCUGCAGUAUUUGGCAACGAGACUUUUGGCGGAGGUUUUGCAGACUUCAGCAGCUUAGCAAAGUCUAAUGGCAAUGAUCCAUUUGACUCCAGUACAAACAAGAAUUUAUUCAAGGAGGACACUCAGUCAGAUGUACCGCCAGCAUUACCACCCAAAACAGGAACCCCGACCAGACCUCCACCUCCACCCCCAGGUAAGCGGUCCAACAUCCACCGAUCGGAGUCGUCCGAGUCAUUUCACCGCCGUGGUCUGUUCAAGGCCCAGGGAUCAGCAGAGUUCUCCUCCCUUCCCGCUAAAGACUCGGUACCAGACCCCUUCGCCCCUUCCUCACCCCACCAAGCCCCGUGCGACCCCAACCGAUUCGCCAGCUUUGACAAAUAUCCCACGGAGGAGGACAUGAUAGAGUGGGCCAAACGGGAGAGUGAGAGAGAAGAGCGGGAGCGAGUGGCUCGUCUCACCCAGCAGGAGCAGGAGGAUCUGGAGCUGGCCAUCGCCCUGAGUAAAUCUGAACUAUCCUGACCCAAGCGGGACACCACUCCCAAGACCCGAGCCACGUCAAUACGGAGGAAACAGCUGGAACAACCACCAAUAGCACAGUCCUUCCACCUUUAUCUCCAGCCACGUGAAUAAUCAUCCCUCCGAGUUCUCCAGUUGUCCGGAUAUGGGCUGGAUAAAAGUAUGAAGGUCAAGUCGAGACGGAGAAAAAAGGUAACACUCUCACUUCAACCAAUGGCUUGAAAACGUUGGUGACUCCUAUGUUUUGAAAUAAGACGCCUCAGAUCAAAAGACUUCCAGUAAUCUAUCGCUUUCUAUUUAGAUCAUUUAAUGCUCGGUUUAAUUGAACAAGUGUUUCUAACCCUCAUUUAUUUGAAGUAUAUUAUAUGGUUAUUAUCAAUGCAGUGAAUGUAUUUUAGUUCUGUGACGAAACGUGCAACAACAAGUGCUGUUCUCAAUUUCUUUUGGCCAAUAUUAAACAUAUUUUUUCGAGGUUUACAGGCAGACAAGCUGAUCAGCUUCGUUCACUUUUCCCCACCACAGUUUUAGCCAUAGACACAAGAGGUUUCUAUUGUCGGCAUGUCUGUCCUCUCUCAGGAACAUAUCCUACAUGCUAUAAAAACCUCAUAUCUGCCACUUGACCUGUGAAUUUCAGCAGUAAAUGAGGUGCUUGUAACUUUUUAAUGGAGCUGAAUUUCUACCCUACUAAAUGAGAACAUUGAUGACAUUUACAAACGAACAAAAGUUUGAUCUUUAUAAUCUUUACACCUUUUCUUUACUCCAACUCAUUCACUGAAGAAUCAAAAUCACGACAAACUUCUAGAGUUGUUUUUUGACGUCGCAAAUUUAUAAAUAUCAGUUAUAAAUAAUGAACUUGUACAUAUUUGUGAAUUGUUUGUCAGUAAUCUUAUACUACGUGUGUAUUCAUAUCCUAAACAUCAUCUAUUUUAUAUAUGUAUAAAAACAAACAAUGCAGAGUACAUGAAGUUUAAGUAUUAAUUAAAACAAAUAUCCCUGUCUUAUUCCUGAUGACAUUUAAAAAUGAUUUAAAAAUGUAAUUGUGGCACACAAUAUUGGAACAAAUCCAGUUCCAGAAAUUGAAUUUUAAGUAAAAUAAAAAAAUCAAGCCAUUUUUAAACUGGCUUUAAUAUCUUUUAUAGUGCCUCAUUGUUCAUCCUUGCCUUGGCGAGAGAAAAUCAGUGACCCCAAAACAACAAUUGAAUCUUUUUAAGUAGUUUCAUAGCAUUACACUUCUUCAUAAUGCUACAAUGCAAUGUUUUCAUUGUCGAUUUGAAAAGAAGAAUCAUUGGCUUGAGCAGCUUCUGCCCAUUUAUUCUUCUUCUUUUUUUUGCACAACAUCCAGUCACUGCCACAUUUCAGAAGACACUUAAAACACACUCUGGGGAUCAAUAGUGCACAGUUGGUCUCGUUUAAUAUGCACAAAUUGGUAUAUAAGCCUUACAGAUAAUGACUUUAGACUUGCUACCAAUACUGUUGUGAUCAUUUCAGUUGUAUAUAAUUAUGUAGUUUCACCAGAAGGUGGAGCCACUGAGAUGACACACAUUUUGCCUGAAACACAAGAACCUGCUCCUUAGGUUCAGUCUCAUGGGUUUAGGUGGAUUCUGGAGUCUUUGGUGACUACAAUAGAUUUGCUUUGUGAAGCUUUUCUUUCACACAGACUUUAUAUAAGGAAGUCUGUGCUCCCUUUUAACCGCUGUGUCCGAUAUUUUCAGUAUUGCCUUUUGACAUUAAACAUUUUCUCUUUGUUCAGAAAUCUAGCUUGGCUUUGGACACAGAACUAUGUGAACAUAAUGAUAGAAGGGAAUCGCAAACCUCGUGUCUAAUCUGGCUUUUCUCACACAUUUAAAUGCAGUUUAUGAAUAGUCUGAGCACUACUGUUAAUAGAGCAUUAAACAAUAAAAACAUGUUCACACUCCUCAUUUCAAACCAAUGCUUGGCCUUCUGUUAAUGGCUGCUGCUUCUUUAUUUUCUGCCCUGCUUAUUGUUAAAAAGAUCUCUCACGCUCUGUCUGUUGUUGAUCAUGUAUGUAUGUAUGUAUGUAAGUAUAAGCUUUGUGUGCCUCUAAAAGAAAACCACUUAUAUGUUGGCCACUGACUGCCUUUUAAGAACAGGCUAAUUGUAUUUUAUUUUUUUAAUGUCCCUUAUUGGAGGCAACUGUUUAAAUAUGUUAAGUAACAUGUAAUUAAAACAAAAUAAAUAUUAAACUAUUAAAACAUG